AAGUGUAAAGGUUAAAGAUCAAAGGUUGAGCAUGGCAGCCGACAGCAUCAUUUCGUUUAAUGAUGUUUUAGAGGCCAAUUACAGGAUUUCACAAUUUCUGCACAAAACACCAGUAUUUACAUCCCACCAAGCAGAUGAGAAAAGUGGAGGGCGUUGCAUAUUCUUCAAGGCAGAGAAUUUACAGAAAUCUGGAUCAUUCAAAGCGAGAGGAGCGCUUAACGCUGUUUUAAAAUGUAGAGAGAGCAACAAUGCUACAUGUGGAGUUGUCACUCACAGUAGCGGAAACCAUGGUCAAGGCCUUGCUUGGGCAGCUAGUGUUGCCAAACUACCCUGCUAUGUGGUUGUGCCACAAAUGGCACCAUUGGUAAAAAAGAAUGCCAUAUUAAGCUACGGGGCAGAGCUAGUUGAAUGUGGAGCUAAGCCGACAGACAGAUAUGAAGCAUGUGACAGGCUUGAAAAAGAAAAGAAUUUAGUCUUCAUCCCACCUUAUGACCAUCAAGAUGUAAUUGCUGGACAAGGCACAAUUGGGCUAGAAUUUUUAGAGCAAGUUCCUCAACUGGAUGCGAUUCUUAUACCAGUGAGUGGUGGGGGAAUGUCAGCAGGAAUUGCUAUAGCAGCGAAAACAAUAAAACCUGAUAUCAAAAUUUUCCUUGUUACACCAAAAGGAAAGAAACUGGAAGAAUGUUUAACAACAGGUAAGCGUCCAUGGGAAGGCCCACCUCAAUAUUUGGAAACAAUUGCUGAUGGCAUCAGGCUCCAACAAACUGGAUAUAUCACCACACCUAUACUUAUAGAUCUGGUGGAGAAACAGGUUUUUGAGAUGAGUGACCAGGAAAUGGUGGAAGGAAUGAAAUUUGCAUUUGAGCGAAUGAAGCUUGUUAUAGAAGCUGCGUCUGGUGCUGCUGUUGCGGCGGCUUUUUCACAGAAGAUGAAGAACAUGGAUGCCAGUAUACAAAAUGUUGGAGUUAUUUUGUGUGGAGGAAAUGUGGACAUUGACGACUUGCCAUGGUAGCUUGCUCAGUAGUGUGGCUAGUGAAUAAAAUUGAGAUACAUUUUGAAUGCCAAGCUACUUUAGACACAUUUUAAAAGCUGAUAUGUAUAUUGAACAUGUUUUUCCUCAAUAAAUGAGUCAUAUUUAUUCUAGCGAAUGUAUUUAGAUUAAAGAAAUGGGAUGAGGCUAUAUAAGUAUAGGCUCUAUUCAAUACCUUGAUGUUCAUUAGAGCUAGUCAAAUUAAGGCCUGCUUCAAAGCUUAUAAGUUCAUGUUCUGAUGAUGUUUUCUUUUCCAAGUUUAUGACUGUUAAUGCUAGUCUUAUGUGACUUUUAUAUGUAGGUAGGGUAGGUACUCAUUUGAGUAGCUGGAGGCUUUAAGUUCAUGUAUUUGAACAUUGGUUUAGGAAGUUCAAUUGAAAAGAAAGCACCACAUUUUUAAAUAAAAAAUUUUCUUUUAAAAAGUUUGAUUAACCUAAACUUGGUAUUACAAGCCUUUGAAAAAUAUCUUAUCUUAUUAUCUUAUCCACAUCUUACAAAGCAAUUUAAUGCCAUACCUAGUUGACAGAUGUACUUAUUACCCCAGAAUUCACAUACAUAUAUUUCCCUGAUCUUAAACUUAAAGGCAUUCCAAGUACUGUGAUGUAAAGCAACUUAACAAAACAAAUCAAGUGUAGGCUGAAUAAAAAAAAAAGGUUUAUUUAUGGGAACUGUUUCAUCCAAACAUGAUUUUAACUUUUACCUCUUGUUAUAAUUAUAAUGAUGUAUUUUUGUUACUGACAAUGUGUACAUGAAAAAUAUUGGUUCUGUAUAAUUAGUAUGUAAGUAAAGUUUUCUGUUUGAUAUAGAAGUCAAAGUGCAGCUGAAUGAAAGUCUGUUAUUGUAACCAUUGGUUACCAUUUGUAUAUGAUUACCUGUACUCAGACUCUAAUUUUAAUAGUUUUUAAGACUUUUACAUGAUAUGUUUUCUUUAUGAACACAAUGUAUAAAAAUGAAUUUGCCAAAAUGUUUAUUAUAAAGAAUGUAACAAAUUUGAGUAGCAAGCAUUGCAUUUUUUUUAAAUGAAAAAUUUAAAUUAUUCAUCAGUUUCAAAUAAAUAUAUCUCUGAGAUUCCUAUAGAGUCUGUACAAAGACAACAGUUUUGGGAUGUAUCUCCUCAAUGAGCCCAGACUGACCUUGUGCUUCAUUAGGUUGAAGAACUUUUAGGAAAAUAACUUUUUCAAAAAUUAGCUAAAGAUAAGUUCUUUUUUUUAAAAACUCUGUUUUAUGUCAUUUUCAAAGUGCCUUGAUGUUACUAGUCUCAUUUGAAUUCAAAGACAUGAUGGAUGUCAUUAAAAGAAUAUAGUGUGAUUGAUUUGUGCAUCUCAUAAUUUGUAUUAAUCAGAUUAUUUGGUUGUUUGGGCAUUUUCUUUUUAUUUACACAAGUUUCUUAUUUUAAAUUAAAAGGUUUUAUUAGCAUCAUAAGCAUCAUU